CAAGUUGUCGUCGCCCCAGCCAGCGGUGAAGGUGGUGUCCUCCACCAGCCUGACCACAGAGGCAGACCUGGCCGUGACCUUCAGCGACCUUGACCAACUCUUUGAAUCAUCUGACUCAGACAACGAUGACGGGGGUCCGUCUACGUCAGGAGGUGCGAAAAGCGCCAGUGCUGCAUCAACAGAAGACUCAGCACAGACACAUCUGCACAAGAGUGGCGUCUUUGCUGGGGGAACUGGGAACAUUGGGCCAGCUGAUCUUCAAAACCUUCAGACGAUGUUUCCAACACCUCCGUCCGUCAACCCUUCCCUGUCGCCCUGUAACGCGGGAAACCAGGAGUACACCAGCCCCGACUCCGUACCGGGGAUCACGAAACCCGACGGGCACGCGGCCACGGCGCUCGCGGAUUACCCGGAAGUCGAGGUGGACGAGAGCAUGGGUAGUCCGGUCCCGGAGCAGAUCAAGGAUUGGUCGUACGUGUACAGGAAAGCCAACACACAUCUCCACUGUGGGUCCUCCAUGUACGCACCGCUCAAGUCACUCCCCAGUCACAAGUUACCACCCAUCCGACUCAAGGACAACAUGCUGUAUAAACCAUCAUGGCAGAUGCCUGUGAAGGACUAUCCCACUGCGACAACAGGGGGGUUCAUGGACCUCAUGCCCCUCCCACAGGACAUGAUCAGCACCUGUCCUGUUACCAUGACGACCGUCACCGCUAGCAACAGCGUCCCCAUGGCCUCCCCCGCCUUCGCCUCGGUGAAGACGCCGCGCAGUGCGGGGGGCCCGGGGCCGUACGACUCCCCGCCUUCCACAGUCUCGUCCUUCCGAAACGUGAACUCCGUGGAUAUGAACAGCGUGGGGCCCACCAUGGAGGCCCACAGUCUCACCGUCAACAUGCUUCUCUCGGAUUCGGCGAUCAACCUCUUCAAGGACAGGAACUUCGACAGCUGCGUGAUCUGUGUGUGUAACGUGAACAUCAAGGGCGCCGACGUGGAGGUGUACCUCCCGGAGUUCCACGCCCAGAACCAGGAGGCGCAGUACAAGUGCACGUGCGGCUUCAGCGCCGUCAUGAACCGCAAGUACGCGCGGAAAGCAGGGUUGUUCCCCGAGGAUCUCUGUGAGAUCUUCGGCUUCAAGAACGUGAAGAGACUGAAGGAUAACGCGAGCGAGGUGAACAGAACUAGUAGAGAGGGCGACAGUAGCGCCCAGCAGUCGGGAAAGACGGACGACAAAGCCACUCUGAAUAUGAAAUUAGCAGGAAACAACAGGAUAUCCAAAGCGUUGUUGCAAGUUGUGCAGGACCAGUGUUCGAGCCUGUAUUCCACACCACAUUCCUUGGAUAGAAUCGUGGCCAAUCGGAGACCAGCGGUUGUUUCGCAGAAAAUCGAAGUCACCAUCUGUGAUGAUUGCGAUGCGUGCCACUGGGCGUUAGAGCAGGGUAGGAGUCACGACGGCUCCCCAGUCAAACUGGACCAGGCAGACAAGGCAGUGUGUCAGCACACAUGGCCUCCUCCUCAAGCUGUAGACCAGAGUAGCCUGUCAUCGCGUGAUGUGGUGCGGAUGUUACAGUCACUGCAGCCGCUCCUCCAGGACGCCAUCCAGAAGAAGCGCACCACCAGGUUAUGGGAGCCCAAACCUACCGUCCAGGGCCCUCUGACCUGGAGCCAGUUCCACAGGCUGGUGGGCAGAGGCGGAGACGAGAACAGCUCGGAGCCGCUGCCCGUGCCUUCCCUCCUGGUUGGUUACGAGAAGGACUGGCUCUCGCUGUCUCCGUUCGCGCUCAACCACUGGGAGAAGCUCCUGCUGGAGCCGUUCGGCACGUCACGGGAUGUCGUGUACGUGGUCAUCUGUCCGGACAACGACACCAUCCUCAGCAACGCCAAGGCCUUCUUCAGGGAGUUGAGUACAGUCUAUGAGAGUUGCAGACUGGGUCGCCACCGUCCAAUCACCACGGUCUUGCGUGACGGGAUCCGGCGCGUCGGGAAGGUUGCGGCAGAGAGGCUGGCGGACAAACCCGUGGACGAGUGGUUCAACAAACUCGAUGCUGUACCAGUGGGCAAGAAGCUGAAAUUGUAUGCACAAGUCUGCAAACAUGACCUUGCUGCCCACUUGGCUACUGUCACGUUGGACACAUCGCUCCUGAAGGCAGUGCCGACACCUGGAAAGAACUCUGUUACCUCCAACAACACCAACAACAGUACCACGGGUACAUCUUCCUCCGGAGGGAACACAGACAAACCCCCCUCCGUACCCCCACCCCCCUCCAGUGGGGAGGGAAAGGAGGGGGAGUCUCCCAAGGACCCGAACAACACCGGAGGCGAGAACACAGAAGGCGGGCAGAACAAGGAAAACAAGGACAGCGCGCCCGAGGAAGUGGACGAGGAAGCGCAGCCGCUCGCGGUGGUGGUGUACAUCGUGGACCCGUUCAGCAUGGGGCCGGAGAACGGCCACCUCACGGACGUGUACACACUCGGGCUGCUCAAGUGUUACACCGAGAUCCUACAGGCCGACAACGUCAUGAACAACGUCAGGAACAACAUCAGUCUGCAGAUCAUCCCCGUACAGCAGCUGGUCCAGCCGCAGAAGGCGGAGGAGCGAGCGACGUACCUGCAGCACCUGAAGACCCUGGCCUUCUCCGUCUUCACCCAGAGCCACAGGACGCUACAGUUCACCAUCCACGCCAAGUCUGUCACAGGGUUCGGCCCCUCAGCACAGAACGAAGCCAUCCUCAAGUCAAAAGAGACGGAUGUGCUGCACCUGUACACUCCGCCAUACAUCCUGGCACCGCAGAAGGACAAACAGACGGAGCUGGUGGAGUCGUUUGGCGAGCUGACGCCCAAGUCGGGGGUCCUGUUCUGCGCGUACUGCCUGUCGUCGGACCAGCGCUGGCUGCUGGCCACGGUCACGGACCUGCGGGGAGAACUGUUGGACACCGUGGUCAUCAGCGUGGAGGCUCCCAUCAGUCCGAAGCCCCGUAAGGUGACAGCGUGCAGGAUGGGUCUACAGAAGCUGUGGGAGUUUGUCCUGUCUGUCAUCGCCACCACCACCUUCCCCUGGAGGAUCGUCAUCGGCAAACUGGGCAGGAUCGGCCACGGCGAGCUCAAAGACUGGAGCAGCCUGUUGAGCCGGCAGCGGAUCCUGAAGUCCAGCAGGAACCUGAAGGAGGUGUGCCGUAUGUGCUCCAUGUCCCCGCAGUGCGACUGUCCCACAAUCCUCUCUGCCUGCAUGGUGUCGCUGGAGCCCGAGAGCGCGCUCAGGAUCUUCCACGAGUCAGUGAUGUCAGGCUCAGCUCCGGGUGCCAGGCCAGGCGGACUGCUGGGUUCUCAGCUCAGCACCCCGCGAGACGCGUCCUGUACACACCUCAUGGCCUUCCCCACGUCCGCUACCACCCAGGCAGCUGCAGCCAACUUCAACAUCACCGAGACCAUGGACCUCGGCUUCGCUGGCAACUCAGGUGACAUGUUGGGUGAUGAUGACCUUCUCCCUGUGCUGCAAGAGGACCUGGGUGACUCGGACCUGAACCAGUUCCUGGGCCUGGCGGCCUCCCCGACCGCGCUGACGUCUCCGGUCCACUCCCCGCAGUCCCCCACAGGAGGGGGCUUCUCCGGCGGGGGGCAGUCUAACCCUUACUCAGGGGGAGGGGACGGCAGCGGGAAAACGUCUUCCUCCCAGCCCCUGCCUGACCCGGAUGAGAUCCCCAUGCUUCUGCAGCAGCCCCUGGCCCUGGGCUACUUCAUCUCCACAGCCCCCAUCGGAGACAUGCCCAAGUCCUUCUGGUCAUCCUGUCCUCACGCUGAGGGCAUCUGUCCAGUGUACCUCAAGUCUGCGCUCCAUGUGCACACCCCGGCUGUACAGCAGAACUCUGAAGAGAUCCUCCAGUCUCGACACUCCCACCCCCUGGACUCCAACCUUACAUGUGAUGUACUCAGGUAUGUUUUGGAAAGCUACAAUGCUUUGUCCUGGUUGACCUACGACCCCGUGAGGAGGGACCGCCGCUCUUGCCUCCCCGUGCACAUGGUGGUGCUGACCAAGCUCUACAACACCAUGGCAACACUGUUGACGUAACAGUAGCUAUGACAACGGUAUCCAUAGCAACCGUGGCUUCCAAGGCAUCCUGAGACAGACUUUUUUCUCAUAGCAAUUUUUUGGACGCAAAACUUGUUUCCUUCGAAACAGAACAUGAUGCUGUGUGUAUCUGUUUACAGCUGGUCGUCAUGGUGAUGCCCGUUACUAUAGCAACUGGGGUGAAGGUAGUACAGUUUUCUGGUGCAGUUUUCCCACCACUCGCUAUUUUUGGUGAUUUUUGUUGUGGAAUUGGCAAAACAGUAGAGCAUCUGCCACAAUUUUUUCUCACUUAGACAAUGAUACAGUACUUGUUUCAUCUUAGGAAAGGUGAUAAGUUUUCUCAGUUGACACAAAUUCUUUUUUGGCUGGUUACUUCUGAGGCAAGUGCUGCAAAUGAAAAUGAAAUGAGCAAUAGUAUCUGCCCAGAGAAAGUUCCGUUUUUGACAAGGUGCCGAUACAAAGUCGGCGGUUACAAUAACUUUUCAGUAGUACUUCAUAUUUCUGUUUCUGUCAUCUGCAAUUCCAAAGAACAACUAACAAUUCAGUAUUCCCUCUCGAUCAAACAUGAGCAUAUGGGUAUUAGGGUUUCUUUUCACCCUAACCAACAUAACCCAAACCAAAGUAUAGACUCUCACUUGCUUACAUUUCAAUGUCUAUCAGACACCUUCGUCAGAGCUUCUGCCUG